GGGGGCCGGUCCGGGAGGGAUGCUGGGAGGCGGACUCACUCGCACACGAUGUGUCCCUCCGCGCGCACACGGGGGACUUUUCGGUGGGGAUUUUGGGCGCCGACCAGACGCGGCAUUUUCGGAAAACAGCGCCCUGUGCAGCUGAAGCGCUGUGUGUGCGUGGCGGGGCCGCGUCCGCUCGGCCGGGUACGGAGCGCCUCGGGUCCCGCACCCCUCCCGCCGCUCCCCCGCCGCCGCCGUUCCCAAAGCUUUUCCAGAUGUCCCUGGUAGAUUUGGGAAAGAAGCUUUUAGAAGCGGCACGAGCAGGUCAAGAUGAUGAAGUUCGUAUUUUGAUGGCAAAUGGAGCUCCUUUUACUACAGACUGGCUGGGAACUUCUCCACUUCACCUGGCAGCACAGUACGGGCAUUAUUCCACCACAGAAGUACUACUUCGAGCUGGUGUAAGUAGGGAUGCCAGAACCAAAGUGGACCGAACACCCUUACAUAUGGCAGCUUCUGAGGGCCAUGCCAGCAUAGUAGAGGUUUUGCUUCAGCAUGGUGCUGAUGUCAAUGCAAAGGACAUGUUAAAGAUGACAGCUCUACAUUGGGCCACAGAACACAACCAUCAAGAUGUGGUGGAGCUCUUAAUCAAAUAUGGUGCUGAUGUACACACGCAGAGUAAAUUUUGUAAAACUGCAUUUGAUAUUUCAGUAGACAAUGGGAAUGAAGAUUUAGCAGAGAUAUUACAGAUUGCUAUGCAGAAUCAAAUCAACACAAACCCAGAGAGUCCCGACACUGUGACGAUACAUGCUGCAACACCACAGUUUAUCAUUGGACCUGGAGGGGUGGUGAACCUAACAGGUCUGGUAUCUUCAGAAAAUUCAUCCAAGGCAACAGAUGAAACAGGUGUGUCUGCUGUUCAGUUUGGAAACUCCUCUACAUCAGUAUUAGCUACAUUAGCUGCCUUAGCUGAAGCAUCUGCUCCCUUGUCCAACUCUUCAGAAACUCCAGUAGUGGCUACGGAGGAAGUAGUUACUGCAGAAUCAGUGGAUGGUGCAAUUCAGCAAGUAGUUAGUUCAGGGGGUCAGCAAGUCAUCACAAUAGUAACGGAUGGAAUCCAGCUUGGAAAUUUGCACUCCAUUCCAACCAGUGGAAUAGGCCAGCCCAUCAUUGUGACCAUGCCAGAUGGACAGCAAGUAUUAACAGUACCAGCAACGGACAUUGCAGAAGAAACUGUUAUAAGUGAAGAACCACCAACUAAGAGACAAUGUAUCGAGAUAAUUGAAAACCGGGUGGAAUCUGCAGAAAUAGAAGGAUUGAGCUCGCAACCCAGGCAUGUGCUCUUGACCGGGAAUGGAACCGGCAACCUCCUGGUGCACCAGAUGAUGCCCAACCAACUGAACCACACUGGCCAGGGCAAGGAGAGAGAAGCUCUUCAGAAACAGCUGGAUGAAGCAAACCGAGAGGCCCAAAAAUAUCGACAGCAGCUUCUAAAGAAAGAACAAGAAGCAGAAGCCUACAGACAGAAAUUAGAAGCUAUGACUCGUCUUCAGACUAAUAAAGAAGCUGUUUAGUUGAAAUGAACAUGUAGUUUGAGUUACUUUUGGUCAAGGAAGAAUACAGUCUUGAACUAUACACAGUGAGGUGCAGUCAUGGGAAGACAGGAGGCUAGAAGAGACUACAGAUUGAUAAUUGGACUCUAAAGCCAUGUGGUCUGAAUCCUUGUAACAUAGAACUUUGGAAGUUGUCAAAUGUAUUUAAAACUGAAUUCUGUAAAUAGUUUUUUUUGUUUUUUUUACAGUUCUAAAUGAGUUGAUAAAGAUUGUUGAAGAGAUCCAAAAACACAAUAAGCCACUGUUUUUGUGAAUUCUUUUUGAUUUUAGUACGAACGAACCUUAAUUUCUCAGAAACAGAACAAUUUUAAGGGUGAUCGUUGAUUAGACCAAAUGUGUCAUAAUUAUGUGGUGGACUGAUACUGGAAUUGCUCCUGUAGGUUAAAGCUUCUGUAUGAAGAGAUUUCUCCCAGGAAAUGUUUGUACAGCUUUAAGUUGUCUCAGAUUCUCUGAAAACAUUUUUUAGAAGACAAGUUUUUAUAUUUGUUCAACUUCAGCUAUACCCAAGUAGAUUUACAUGUAUAUGAAGCAAAUAUUUUUUAAACUUUGUGUUUGUACAUAUUCUGCAUGUUUUAUAAUUUCAAAAUGUAUCACUUGUAUAGGUAUUUUCCCCACAAAGAUGAUGAAAGUUAUUAGGGGAAAAAACCCUUCUUUUAUUCUGUAGGUCAUCUUAACUAAGUAAACUAGCAGCUGGUUUUAUUGGAAUGAUAGUGUUCUUGGAAGGAGCAGCUUACAAGAUAACUUGAAUUUGCAAACUACAAAAUCUAUGCUUUUUUGAAAAUUUCAUAGUGGGGACGUGAAACUGUAUUCUGUGCCUUCCAUCAUGAUUUCCACAUGAAAGCACUUUAAGGCAGUAUGUUUUAAGAUAAUGUUUUUGGAAAACUCAAAGCAUAUGGGUUUCUGAAAUAUUUCAUGGACUCAUUCCCCUCCCUUCCCCAGGAAAUUAUUCUUAUGGAGAAAAAUGCUUUUGUAUGUAGAACAAGAACUUUUUGUACCACAGUAAUGCUAUAGAGGUGUCUACCAUAACUUUUACUUUUCCCUGUGAAAGCUGUAUGUCUGCUAUGACCGCUCUCAUCACAAUAUUGUCGGAUUCCACAGUGUAUGAACAUUACAUUCUGACAUACUGUUCAUUCUUUUUUUGUAAAGUGUAACUUCAUACAGUUUUUCUUGCUUUAUUUCUUGCAUUAAUGUUUUAUUGCUUUAUGAAAAUGUUUAACCCUAAGGCCCUUCUAGAUGAUCUAUACUGUAAAAAGAAGCAAUUACCCUUAAGAAGCAAUUACUCUGGCCUACUUUUCUAUUUUACAAUUAAAUAUCUUUUCCACAUA